AUGGGCGAUGCAUCUGAAAAGACGUUCGGGGUCUUCCGCUUCAUAGAUCCAGACCUCUCAAUCCCAGCCCACGAGCGAAGCAUAUACGCAGGCCCGGCUCCAAAAGCGGUCAAGGAAGAAACCAUCGAGCUUCACGACCUGCGGACUUCCAAAGAUGUCGCACAAGGAAGAGAGGGCCUCGACACACAGGCCUUCACGUGGGUGAAGAAUGCCUUCUCGCUGUCAGCCGAGGAAAUGCUGGAAGGAGAGAAUGUCGAGAACAUCUACAUCCCAGAGGUCAAAGACCUUAUACUCAGAUUGACGGGAGCUUCGCGAGUCGUCGCUCAUCAAGCAGCCUUUCGUCGGACACUCGCAACGAAGCAAGAGGAUCUGUAUGUGGUGCACCGCGCUGGGAGCGAGUUCGACGAAGCAACACUGAAGCUGCCUCGUGACCGAUUCUCGGGUGAGCAUGGAUCAUCAAAAGUACCACAUGUUACGUGCUCAUGAGUUCCAGUCGGUGGCCGAGACGAGGGUACCGGAUCUGAACCCGCCCGCCAUGCUCACUGCGACAUGAUCGUGGAUUCACUUUACGACACUCUAGCAGAAUGUCGUCAGGAUAUCUCUGAAGCCGGAGAAGCCACGCUCAAAGCACACGGAGCACGGCAAAAUGGAGCGGUUGUGAAGAUACCACGCGCCUGCGCUUUCAGCGUCUGGGUACGUCGGGCGACUCAUCUUGAUACUCCAUUCUUGUAGCAGUAUGCUGAUGAAAGAUCGUAGCGUCCCAUCAAACCAGUGAAGCGUGACCCACUCGCGGUACUCGAUUACCGUAGCAUUGACAAGUCCGAGCUGGAGAUCACCGACUUCCGCGUUCCAGGACAGUUCAGUAAAGAGGGAACGUACGUUGCACGAGCAUGGAUUCACAUGCCUCCGAAGAAUCCAGAGAAGAUGAGAUGGUACUGGCUUCCGGAGCAGAAGCCGGAUGAAGUGCUCAUCGUCAAGUUCUGUGAUACGGCCAGUCCUGAUGAUCCGAACAUCGCCGCUGGGUGCAUUCAUUGCUCACCAAUCAUUCCAGGCACGGAGAACGAGGAGGAGAGGGAGAGCAUCGAGACUCGAGUGUAUGCAUUCUGGGACUGA